GCUGAGGUGGAUUGAGUUACAUGAGAGGCACACGCCAUUGCCGCAAAAUUUCAGGUCUACCACCGCACUCUGCCAGAGCUGAGAUACCGACCACGUUUCCACCGUCUUAGAAGCUGGCAUAAGUUGAGAAUCCAAACUCCACCAGAUGGUGAUACUCGAUGUGUUAAUAAUAGGGGGAGGCCCUCAAGCCUUGACCCUGGCUAGCUUGUUAUCCAACCUUGACUCUGAUCCAAAGUCAGACCCUGGACAUGACUUACCCCUCUCCCCCACCUGCUCGGACCCUCCGAGGCCCCGGCCAAACCCAGAAACAUCCAACAACAAACGCUGCAGUGGCAAGAAGAAGAGGAGGUCAACAGCUGUCUCUGUAGGCCUGACACUGGAGGAACAACUAGCAAAUUCAGCAAUAUCAGAGAGGGUAGUUUGCCCCCCACUGAGCCUCCGAGUGGUAGAUUCCUAUGGAGAGUGGACCACUCUGUGGGAGAGCCAAUUCACAGCUCUGAACAUCCCUCAUCUGCGCUCACACACACUGGUGCACACGGAUCCUCUCAAUAAGAAAGCACUGCAGGAGUUUGUUUUGAAGUCUGAUCGUUCAGCGGAGCUUCACAGUCUUCCAGACCAGGUUUACAUUCUGGACAAAAAUGCAUUUUUCAACGACAUGAGGCUUGGCAAGAAGGAGAGGAAACGUCUAAACAUCACCUCAACGCUUAAGAAGAGUUUAUCCUUCAGUCUGCCGGGAACCAAACUAAGUGUGGAUUUCUUUAAAGAUCAGGUGGAAAGAUACAACUUGGACAAAGUGCUGGUAAAGGGAACAGUGGAGUGCAUCACCCCUGUGAUUGAGGACAAGGACGAGAUGGAAGAAGAGACUGACCGGAUAAAGGAGCGGGAAACAGAGGGUGAGGCCAUGACAGUGACUGAAAGGAAGGGAGACAGGGCAAGGAAGCGUGUGAAAUAUUUUCAAGUCCAACUUCAAGAAGGCAUCACCCUAAAAGCCUGCCAGGUUGUUAUGGCAACAGGUCCGACCCGUGCCCAGAUGGCAAACAUCCCUGCAUGGGUGAAAAGCGUUGGAGAGAGCUACCCAGAGGAGCGUUUGCAACACACAGUGCACCUCAUGCACCGCCUGCCAACUGCUCGGCAAAAACUUAAAGACACAGAUUGUCAGAGACAGAAAGAGGCUUUUCCCACUCAAGAAUUGUGUGUAGUGUGUGAGGCAGGGCAGAGAGUAAUGGUAGUUGGUGGAGGUCUGACCAGCGCUCAUGUCGUCUCACUUGCCCUGCAGCAAGGUGCCAGCCAUGUGACAUGGGUCAUGAGGAAGCACCUCCAGUUAAAACAGUUUGAUGUGGGCGAUGUGGAGAGCCUGGUGGGUCGUUACUCCCACGUGGAGCACGGUAUCAAGAUGGACGGCCAAGCCUACCUACGACAGUUCUAUAAUGAACGGAGUCUCCACAAACGGCUGGCUAUGAUUCGCCAGGCAAGGAAAGGAGGGGCAGUCACCCCAGAGGCCUACAUCCACCUACAGCCAUUCAUCCUGAAUGGACAGGUGGACGUGAAGACAUACUGUCAGGUGAGUGAAACCAGCUGGUGCUACAGAAGCCAGUCCUGGAGUCUUUCCCUCAGCACUGGGGCCCACUGGACUGGCGAUAUGAUCUGGCUCGCCACCGGCUGCAAACUUGAUGUCGAACAGGAUCCGUUGCUUUCUGAGGUGAUGAGGGAGUUCCCCAUUCAGGUGAUAGAUGGUUGGCCGUGCAUAUCAGAAAGCUUACAGUGGGCAGAAGAGUGUCCGCUCUACCUGAUGGGGCAGUACGCCGCUCUUCAGAUUGGACCUCAUGCAGUAAACCUGGCUGGCGGACAGGCUGCCAGCAUGCGAAUCACCAAGGACAUCAUGCGCCGCCAGCAAAAAAACAAUGCAGAUGCUUCUGAACUGAAUGGGGAGAAAUCUAAAACUGAGGAAUAUAUUCAGCAGAUGAAAGGCCUAUUAUGGCUUUAACUUUACCAUUUAGCCUAAAGAACUCAAAUGCACAUGUGUGUGAACAGUCAUCUAUUCUUGAUUAUCCUGGUCAAAGGGGAUGGGCCUAUAUUAAAUGGAUUGCACUUAAAUAAAAGCUGUGAAACAGACAAUUAUAUUUCAAAUAAACACAUAUUCAUCCUUAAGGGCACAAUCAGUAAUUUCUAAACAUUAAAUAGAGGUAUAUUCACAAAACUUGCAAAGGAAAUCUGCUUUUUAUGUGUCCCUCACUUGAUCAGUGUGUACAACAUGGCUGAUGUAAGAAAAUAUUUUAUGACAAUAAAAAAAUGUUUAUAGAGA